AUGUCUUUCAGCCGUUCAGCAAUAUUUGCUGCUGUCUCGUUCUACCGUUUUGCAAGACAAUGCAAAACUGUAGCACCGUACGUCUUGGGUACAGCAGCUACAUUGACCUACUUCUAUACUCACAAUCCGGUUCGUCAACAUCAUGCAGCAGUGCUUGAUGAUUUUCUUUUGAAGCCGUCAUUCUUAAACACGGAUGUAUCGGAUACGUAUCCGAACAAACCAUUGGAAUCGUUUAUGGCUGAGCCGAUCACCGAUAAACAAAUUCUCCAGAAAAAUGCUCCAAAUUCUUAUCAGGCACGAAUGGAAAUUUUCAUCUUAAAAUUACAAAAACAAUUCUGUCAAUCAUUGGAACAUUUCGAAGUGGAACAAAACAGCAAUAGUCGUUUUCUGAUCGAUCGUUGGACACGUGAAGAUGGUCAUGGCGGCGGUAUUACAUGUGUCUUGCAAGAUGGUGAGGUUUUCGAGAAAGCUGGCGUUAAUAUAUCGGUUGUCCAUGGUAAAUUACCAGUUCAAGCAAUCGAACAAAUGAGAGCACGUGGUCAUCAAUUUACUGCACGAAAUGUACCUUUGGAUUUCUUCGUAGCAGGCAUUUCAUCAGUAAUUCAUCCGAGAAAUCCUCAUGUUCCAACGAUUCAUUUCAAUUAUCGCUAUUUCGAAGUUACUGAUGUCGAUGGCAAAGUUCAUUGGUGUGGUACCGAUUUAACACCUUACUAUUUAAAUGAAAAUGAUUGCAAACAUUUUCAUUCGGCAUUAAAGAAAAGUUGCGACAAAUAUGAUCUGUCGUUUUAUCCGAAAUACAAGAAAUGGUGUGAUGAUUAUUUCAACAUAAGUUAUCGUUCGAACGAACGUCGUGGUAUUGGCGGAAUUUUCUUUGACGAUUUCAACGACGCGAAACAAGAAGAUUGUUUUAAUUUUGUCAAAUCAUGUGCAAAUACAGUCAUUCCAUCGUACAUUCCAGUCGUACAAAACAACUAUCAACGAACAUAUACAGCACAAGAACGUGAUUGGCAAUUAUUACGUCGUGGUCGUUAUGCAGAAUUCAAUUUAGUUCUUGAUCGUGGCACAAAAUUUGGCUUUCAAACACCUGGUGCACGCAUCGAAAGCAUUUUAAUGUCUUUGCCGCCAUUAGCAAAAUGGAAAUAUGGAUUGGAUUUGAAAGAAGAUUCACCCGAAAUGAAACUGAUGAAAGUUUUAAAACAACCAAAAGAAUGGGUCUAG